AUGAGGAGAGGCUCGUCGAUCAGUUAUAUCAAGUACUUGAAGACGUUGCAAACAAGUUCAUCAUACCAAGUAGAAGAUGGAAGUACACUCGACUACGACGACUCGUUCGAUGACAUCGAAGUCGAUGAAGAAAACGAUCCUACUUUUGAUGGAAGUGAGAACGAGGAAGAUCGUGACGACGACGCGACCGGAAAACGAAAGCGUACAUGGAAAAGUGUCCAGGAUCGAUUUAGACGGAGCCGUCACAAACGAUAUCUUGGCCGCUUUCGCAAAUAUCUGGAAGAUCAUGGCACAAAAAAGCAAAAAAUAGAUGAUAUCGAUACGUUCGUAUUUGAAAGAUUCGUAGCAUCGAAAUAUUGGAUUACUACUUUUAAACACCGUCACGGUAUUGUCUCUCGAAAAAUUAUGCUGUUCGUUACAAAACAUGUCCUCGAUGAUGCUGAGGAAAUUGAACAGGCAGCUGCUCGAUUUCUCGAGCUGCAUUGCACUCGGACGUUAAGUUGUGAAAGUGAAAAACUGACAAUGGCCGCUGUCAAGUCUAAAAAUGCCAUCACUCAUUCUUGUACUGUGCAACCAGUGAUCAAUCAAGCCGAUGAAGUAGUAGGACCAAUUUACCUAUAUUUCAAGGAACCCGACGAGUGGAUAUGCGAGAGUGAGUUUGCAAAUAUGUUUUUCCGUCUUCAGUUUGAACUUUCCUAG